UAUAUAUAUAAAAUUCAAGCCUGACACUUUAUGAUAUGUGUGCAUAUGUUACCAUACAUCAGGUUUCCAUGUGGGUUUUGUCACCACAGUAACAUACUUUUACUACAUGAAGUGUUUAAAGGAAAUGUCAAUCGAUUUCCCCAAAAUUCUGCAUAAUUAAUUGGUUAAGCUGUAAACAGAGUCAUUCAGAGUGGUUUGCUGUGGGUUCGCUGCUGUUUUAGCCUCAUCAGCACUGCAUAUAAACAGGGCACUGAAACAUUGCUGAACAGUGCAGCACAGUUAAGAAGGGGGAAAACAAUCAUAAAAUAAAUAAAUAGAUAAAAAUGCAGUUUAAUGAGUUUAAUGAUUUUUUACCUAUCCUAAUUUAAUUUCUAAUUUGAUUUUUUAUUCAAUGAUUUUCUCCGUUGUUUUCCGUUGUUUUAAUCAUGUUUUUACUUUCUUCACUCAUUUAUUUUACUUUUCUAAACAUCUCUUUAUUCUCCGGCGCUGUGUUCUCCCAUUUAUGACAGCAGUGUAUAAAAGGUGCUAUAUAAAUAAACUUGCCUUGCCUUAAGGUUAUCAGUUUUGGGGCUUUUUAUACUUUUCACUUUUUCAACAAAUGAACCUCCAUCUUUCACACAGUCUGUCGUUCAUGUGGUUUGGAGACUUUUAUUUUGCCACAGAGCCGGAAGUCAGUCCGGUUCCCGCAGCUGAGCUCGGUGUCGGCUGUCGAGCUUCGUCCGUGCUGAGUUUCGGUCAGACCGGUUAAACCGCGCGGAUAAAGAGCGGAGGGUCCUGAAACAGCAGGGCGGAGGGGCAGAAUGAGCGCUAACAGCAUGGCGGACCCGCGGAGACAGAAUAAGAUAUUCCGCUACAAGCCCCCCAGCACAGACUCCAACCCCACGCUGGAGGACCCCACCCCAGACUACAUGAACCUGCUCGGCAUGAUCUUCAGCAUGUGUGGACUGAUGCUCAAGCUGAAGUGGUGCGCGUGGAUCGCCGUUUACUGCUCCUUCAUCAGUUUCGCCAACUCGCGCAGCUCCGAGGACACCAAGCAGAUGAUGAGCAGCUUCAUGCUGUCCAUAUCAGCCGUGGUGAUGUCGUACCUGCAGAACCCACAGCCCAUGUCACCGCCGUGGUAACGAAGGUCGCGACCCCGGACUGAGCCACAGCAGCAGAGAUGAGAGACAGAGAGACGCAGCAACACACAUUAUUAGGGAGAGAACUCUGUCCAUCUGGCCCGGGAGGGACAGUGAGACUGGCCAGCAGUGAAGCAUGACCACCUGACCUUUGACCGCUGUCUCUGGAGCCACUCGGAGUUCCUCUGGUCUCUCCGCGGCUCUGCGGAGAUCAGCUGAUAUUGUUAAUACACUGUAGAUGCUAAUAUAAAAUAAAUGCCAGUUUUUUAACGUGAACUCUGACGUUUCUUGUAUGGUGUCAUUUUCUGGAAGGUUAGUCAGCAGCUUCACUUCAGCCUUUAGAAUUUAGAGCUGACACUUUAAUCUUUCAGCUUUUUUAAAGGUAAUUAAAUUAUGCGGUCAGCUAUAUGAUUAAGUACGUUCAGUCACCGUUCUGUAUGGACGGGUUCAGAUCUGCACUGCUGACUUCUUUUUCUUUAAAGUGUGACAAAAACAGCAAAAAUGUAAAGGACUUUUUACAUUUUGCUGAAAAAGUCUGUACACAUCAAUAACUUUACAUCCAAUUAAAAUCAUAAUAAAACAUCUCCUACUCACAAA